CUAUAUUUAUUGCAGCAAGAUGUUGGAAGGUGCAUCUCCAGUAACCCAAGCUCUUCUGGGGACCUUACUGACAUGGGGCCUCACUGCUGCUGGGUCUGCUGUGGUGUUCCUGCUUGCUGGAACUAAGCGAAAAGUACUUGACAGCAGUUUAGGUUUUGCUGCAGGAGUCAUGACAGCUGCAUCAUUUUGGUCACUUCUGGCACCUGCCAUAGAGCUUGCAGAAUCCUCAGGAAGCUAUGGUAGUGAAGGGGAAUGGGCUUUUGUACCUGUGGCAGUUGGAUUUGUUCUUGGUGCUGCCUUUGUUUAUGCUGCAGAUGUGUUCAUGAGUUCAACAGGCAGUCAUUCACCUAACUUUGCCCUUGCAAUGCAGUCAUCUGCGAAGAAGACAGAUGGAGAUGAUGCAAGAAUACCAUAUGUAUCAGCAAAUAACUUCAGUAAUGCAAAUUUCAGCGAAGUAGGGCAAGGCUCCAGUUCUAAUGCUUUCACCUCUAUCAACUUCAAUGAUGUUAAACAAAGGAGAGGAGAUCCAGGAGAAAAGGCCACUCAGUCUUAUGAAGAGAGCAGUGUUGAUCAGGAAAGAUAUGAUAAACACUUGCAGUGGAGGAGAAUCUUACUCCUUAUUAUUGCUAUAACAGUACACAACAUUCCAGAGGGACUGGCAGUUGGUGUAGGCUUCGGUGCAAUUGGCAAGACUCCACUAGCUACCUUUAACAAAGCAAAGUAAGAAUAUUAUAUUUAGUUAUAUGGAUCAUAUUUGAACCUAUACUGAUGACGUGUAUCUA